UUCUUCAAAAACUAAUCAUUUCAAUAAGGAAAACAUCCGAAAAAGGUCUGAUAUUAUACGAAACACAACAGUUCCCACCACCAAACCUCAUAAGCCUUAACCUAUCAUCCUUCACCAUUCAAAAAUCACCACAAAAACAAGGAUAAUCGAAACGUCAUGCACCCGGAAAACUCGCCAGGAUUUUCUUCCCUAGAGCAGCUGCUGGCCGGAAAUGGACUAAACUACGGUUUUCCGGCGACAGAGAGCUCGUCGUUUUACCCCGUGGAAACAUUGGAAUUUGGUGACAAAAAUGAAGCUCGAAAUGCUGCUGCUUCUGAAAACCAUAAGGAAGCUGAGAGAAGGCGUAGAGAGAGAAUCAACGGCCAUCUUGAUCGGCUAAGAGCACUUCUUCUCUGCAAUUCCAAAACGGAUAAAGCUUCGCUGCUUGCAAUGGUGGUCGAGCGCGUGCGCGAUCUAAAGCGGCAGACCUCAGAAAUCACGCGGCUCGAUCAAACGUUUCCGUCGGAGGCUGACGAGAUCGCGGUCCUCCAAAACGAUGACUUCCUGGACGGGAAAUCGUUGGUUAAGGCGACUCUCUGCUGCGAGGAUCGAGCCGACCUCGUACCCGAGCUGAUCGAGAUACUAAAGCCGCUGUCUCUGAGCCCUCUGAGGGCGGAGAUGGCGACGAUGGGGGGGAGAAUUCGGAACGUGAUGAUCUUGGCCGGCGACAAGGAUCGGACGGCUGAGGCUGCGUCGUUGUUGAGGGAGGGAUUGAAGUCGUUGAUCUUGCGAUCGAAUUAUGCUGGUAAAGAGAGAUCCAAGAGGCGAAGGAUGUUUGAUCAGAGGAUUAUGGAGGAAUUGAAACCCUAAUUUGUGAUGAUUAUGAGCACUUUUAAUUUAGUUCUUCUUUUGGUGUUUUAGUUGUGAUUGGGAUAUGUAAAUUGUGGCUGUAUGGAUUUUUGUAAUUAGUGUUAUGCUUUGAUCAUCAUCUCACUCUAAUUUGUAUGGACAGCAAUGAACUUAAUAGGAUCAUCAUGAUUUCUUACACAAAAA